AUGAAUAUCACGUCAAAAUUUAAGACAUUGAUUCCAUUUAUAAGUGAGGAUUCAGAAUUUGAAGAAUCAGCAGUCAAAUCUAACAGGCCACCAAAUACAGCAUUCAGACAACAGAGGCUUAAAUCAUGGCAACCAAUCCUUAAUCCAAGAACUGUACUUCCCUUAUUGAUAAUGAUCGCUUGUAUAUUUACUCCUGCGGGCGUCGGUUUGAUUAUUAGUCCAUUAAGCGUUCAAGAUGUAACAAUAAAUUACACAGAUUGCUCUAGUUUGGCUACUACUAGUAAUUUUACUGAAAUUCCACAUAAAUUAGCAAAUUAUCACUUUAAAAGCAGGGUAGAGUCAAGACCAUUAUGGAAGUUAGGUGAGUCUUCCGAUGGGGACGUUAUAUGUCAGAUAAAAUUCGAAGUCCCUAAUAAUAUUGAUAAGUCUAUAUAUGUCUAUUAUAAAUUGACUAACUUCCACCAAAAUCACCGUAGAUAUGUGGAUUCUAGAGAUUGGAAUCAACUUAAAGGUCAUGCUGUAAAACUGGAUGAUAUAGUUAAUAGUUGUAAACCACUAAGAGAAAGAGACGAAAAAAUUGUUUACCCAUGUGGUCUAAUUGCUAAUUCUAUGUUUAAUGAUACUUUCUCUACUACUCUUCAAAAUGAAGAUGGUGAGGCGAAUUCAUAUAAUUUAACAAACAAGAAGAUAGCAUGGAAAACAGAUCGUAAAAGGUACAAGAAGACUAAAUACAACGCCACUGAGAUUGCUCCUCCUCCUAAUUGGAUAAAGAAAUUUCCAGAUGGCUAUACUGAUGACAAUAUCCCAGAUUUAAGUACUUGGGAAGAAUUACAAGUUUGGAUGAGGACUGCAGGUCAACCUGACUUUUAUAAAUUAGCUCUAAAAAAUGAACAAGAUGAAUUGUAUCAAGGCACAUAUAUAAUGGAAAUUACUGAUAAUUACCCGAUUAAGUCUUAUGGAGGAACUAAGUCAUUUGUUUUAACUACAAUCACAGAAACUGGUGGUAGGAAUAUAUCAUUAGGUGUUGUAUUCAUCAUAGUUGCAGGUAUAUCAAUAAUAGUGGCAUUUAUUUUUGUAAUCAAACUAUUUUUACAACCAAGAGCAAUGGGAGACCAAGCUUACUUAAAUUUUGCUGAUGAAGAUGAGCUUAAGAAUAAUUCAGAUGUCUUUGAUCCAGAAAUGAGAGAAAUAUUAUGA